AUGUCCUCCGCUGUCACUGAGACCCAGGAGUCCAGCCGCAGCUCCCCGCUCACUCCGCUGAAGCUGGUGGGACUUGUGUGCGUGUUUCUGGCGCUGUGCCUGGACGUGGGAGCCGUGAUGAGUCCCGCGUGGGUGACCGCUGAUGACCAGUACUACCUGUCUCUGUGGGAGUCCUGCUGGAAGCCAGCGAGCACUGAGAACUGGCAGUGCAGCAGCACUUUAGGAUCAGGUACGAUGUCAUCUUACUUUUUAGCCUUCUCCUUACGCAUCAUCAUGGGCAGUUUCAUCCAUGCGCAUUCAGAGGAGGAGGAGGAGGAGGAGGAGGAGGAGGAGGAGGAGGAGGAGGAGGAGGAGGAGGAGGAGGAGGAGGAGGAGGAGGAGGAGGAGGAGGAGGAGGAGGAGGAGGAGGAGGAGGAGGAGGAGGAGGAGGAGGAGGAGGAGGAGGAGGAGGAGGAGGAGGAGGAGGAGGAGGAGGAGGAGGAGGAGGAGGAGGAGGAGGAGGAGGAGGAGGAGGAGGAGGAGGAGGAGGAGGAGGAGGAGGAGGAGGAGGAGGAGGAGGAGGAGGAGGAGGAGGAGGAGGAGGAGGAGGAGGAGGAGGAGGAGGAGGAGGGAGGAGGAGGAGGAGGAGGCACAAAGUCAUUUCAUGGCACAUAA